AUGGCCUCGCCCUCCAGCCCUCUGGCGUUCAGGCUCCAGACAUGGGAUGGAGGCCAAGAAGACGGCGGUGAGAGGGACAAAGGAAAGCCGGGCCUCGGGGAUGGGCCACCCCCCAUGGAGUCACCGUUCCAGGGGGAGGACCGAGACUCCUCCCCUCAGAUCAAAGUGAACCUCAACUACCGCAAAAGAGCAGGUGUCAGCCAGCCGGACCCAAACCGCUUUGACCGUGAUCGGCUCUUCAGCGCAGUUGCCCGGGGUGUCCCCGAGGAUCUGGCUGGCUUACCGGAGUACCUGUCCCGGACCAGCAAGUACCUCACCGACUCAGAGUACACAGAGGGCUCCACGGGCAAGACGUGCCUGAUGAAGGCCGUGUUGAACCUGCAGGAUGGGGCCAACGCCUGCAUCCUGCCGUUGCUUCAGAUCGACCGGGACUCUGGCAAUCCCCAGCCCCUGGUCAACGCCCAAUGCACGGAUGAGUACUACCGAGGCCACAGUGCCCUACAUAUUGCUAUCGAGAAAAGGAGCCUGCAGUGUGUGAAACUCUUGGUGGAGAAUGGGGCCAAUGUGCAUGCCCGGGCCUGCGGCCACUUCUUCCAGAAAAAGAGCCAGGGGACUUGCUUCUACUUUGGCGAGCUGCCCCUCUCUCUGGCCGCCUGCACCAAGCAGUGGGAUGUGGUAACCUACCUCUUGGAGAACCCUCAUCAGCCCGCCAGCCUGCAGGCGGCCGACUCACUGGGCAACACAGUGCUGCACGCCUUGGUAACGAUCGCAGACAACUCAGCUGAGAACAGUGCACUGGUGAUCCGCAUGUAUGAUGGGCUUCUCCUCGCGGGGGCCCGUCUCUGCCCCACAGUGCAGCUCGAGGACAUCCCCAACCUGCAGGGCCUCACGCCCCUGAAGCUGGCUGCCAAGGAGGGCAAAAUCGAGAUUUUCAGGCACAUCCUGCAGCGGGAGUUCGCAGAGCCAUGCCGGUCACUUUCCCGGAAGUUUACUGAGUGGUGCUACGGGCCAGUCCGGGUGUCGCUGUAUGAUCUGGCUUCCGUGGACAGCUGGGAGGAGAACUCAGUGCUGGAGAUUAUUGCCUUUCAUUGCAGAAGCCCGCACCGACACCGAAUGGUGGUUUUGGAACCGCUGAACAGACUGCUGCAGGCAAAAUGGGACCUGCUAAUCCCGAAAUUCUUCUUCAACUUCCUGUGUUACUUGACCUACAUGUUCAUCUUCACCGCUGUGGCCUACAACCAGCCGGCCCUGGAGAAGGCAAGGCCAGAAGUGACUGCUGGAGACCCCGUGCUGCUCCUGGGCCACACCCUGAUCCUGCUUGGGGGGGUCUACCUCCUCGUGGGCCAGCUGUGGUACUUCUGGAGGCGCCGUCUGUUCAUCUGGAUCUCCUUCAUGGACAGCUACUUUGAACUGCUCUUCCUGGUGCAGGCCCUGCUCACGGUGCUGUCCCAGGUGCUAUGCUUCCUGGCUGUGGAGUGGUACCUGCCCCUGCUUGUGUCCCCGCUGGUGCUGGGCUGGCUGAACCUGCUUUACUACACACGUGGCUUGCAGCACACGGGCAUCUACAGUGUCAUGAUCCAGAAGGUCAUCCUGCGGGACCUGCUCCGCUUCCUGCUCGUCUACUUAGUCUUCCUUUUCGGCUUCGCUGUAGCCCUGGUGAGCCUGAGCCGGGAAGCCCAGGCCCCCUGGGCCCCCAGGGGCCCCAAUGCCACGGAGGCAGCGCAGCCUGGGGCAGGACAGACGGAUGAGGAGGGCAGCUCUUCCCCAUACGGUGGCAUCCUGGACGCUUCCCUGGAGCUGUUCAAGUUCACCAUCGGCAUGGGUGAGCUGGCCUUCCAGGACCAGCUGCGCUUCCGCGGGGUGGUCCUGCUGUUGCUGCUGGCCUAUGUGCUGCUCACCUACAUCCUGCUGCUCAACAUGCUCAUCGCCCUCAUGAGCGAGACCGUCAACAGUGUCGCCACUGACAGUUGGAGCAUCUGGAAGCUGCAGAAAGCCAUCUCUGUCCUGGAGAUGGAGAAUGGCUACUGGUGGUGCAGGAGGAAGAAGCAGCGGGCUGGUGUGAAGCUGACCGUCGGCACCAGGCCAGACGGCAGCCCCGACGAGCGCUGGUGCUUCAGGGUGGAGGAAGUGAACUGGGCCUCAUGGGAGCAGACGCUGCCAACUGUGUGUGAGGAGCCAUCAGGGCCGGCUGUCCCUGGCACCUUGAAGAAUCCUGCCCCGGCCUCCCAACUAGAGGAGGACACUGUCUCAGAGGAAGAUCAACUGCCCCUCCAGCUCCUAAAGUCUCAAUAAUGGCCCAGAUGCAGGACAGAGUCAGGGGAUCUUCCCAGCCCUACGUGCUGGCUCUGGGGCUCCAGGAAACUUUGGUGGCAAAUGUAAAUAAAUAUUUUCUCAUCA